CCCUCCUCCUCCUCCGGCCGGGAAGUGGCGGCUCCUCCGGUCCCGCAGUGAGCGGAGCUGCGGGUCGGACCGGAGCGAGGCUGGGCCCCUCUGGGCUCCUUUGGGCUCCUUUGGGUUCCUUUGGGCUCCUCGGCUCCUGAGGCCGGUGGAGCCGCUGAGUGUGGGGCUGUCGGCUGUGGAGACUCGGCGGAGGUUCCCCAGAAGAUGGUGUAAAGCCACUUGGUGCAGCUGCUGCUUGUGAUCUCCGUGUGUCCAGACCUCAGGGAAGACCAUGGCAGCAGCUCAGGGAGCAGGAAGCAGCUUGGCCGGGCCCCCCAUAGCCUCCAUCCCAGGACACAGCAGCUCCACAGCAGUGGUGGUGUGGGAAUGGAAGGACGAGUUGGGCUGGUGGAGGCCGUACAAAGUGAACGUGUGCAACUUCAUAGAGCAGGGUUUCCAGGCUUCUCAGCAGAAGGGGCAGCGUUCUGGAUCGGGGCUUGUCAGCAGCAGCAUCUCUCUGGGACAUGCGGAUGCUAGCUUGGCUCCCUAUGUCAUCGAUAUCCCAAGCCUGAUGCAGUUCCGGCAGGAUACAGGGACGAUGCGGGCCGUCCGCAGGCAUGUCUUCCCCAGGGACUCGGCAGCUGGGCAGGGCAUCAUCUGGGAGUGGCAGAACGACGAACGUGGCUGGUUCCCCUACGCGAUGAACAUCUGCGACUUACUGGAGCAAGCCUGUGCCUCCAACCACCAGUGGGUGGACUUUGGACCCUUAGGCUACGACUAUGAGGUUGACCUGGUGGCUCAAGUGCAGACCAACAAGACCACGAGGUUCCGCCGCAGUGUUCGGAGGCGGGUGGACAGUCCGUACCCCGUGACAUCCUCCUUGGCCCCCGUUCACACAGGGACGGGUUGCUCGUGCCAGCAGUGCUGGCUGAACGGGGGGACUGGCCCCAUCACCACGCGGUACCGGAACUCCAUGAUAAACUUCCCCAACUCCUCCACUGCACCUCAGGUUUCUGGUAGGACGACAUCAGUGGGUUCUUCCGGCGUCGGCUUUGUGCCCUAUAACAAACCCGCUUUGUCUGGAGCGAGGUCCACACAGCGACUCAAUGCACAGAGCAGCUGGGCUUUGCCCCAGGCUGGAGGUGCCGUGGGCCCCAGCACAGGACUGUCCACAUCGAAUGGAGUCAGCACUGUAAACCUCCCAGUCAAGAUGUCCAAGCCCAGCAAACUGAACCAAGCCUUGGCAGGCAUGACGGCUAUUCUGAUGUCAGCCGCUGGACUCCCCGUGCACCUCACCUGUGUGCCGCAAGCUGCCAGCACCCAUAAAGCCACUAAAAAACACAGCUCAGUUAAGGAGGGGAGGAAAGUGUCCAAGAAAGGCUGGUGGAGGAGCCUGGCUGCCUCUGUGAUGAGCCUGAUGAUGGCAGCACCAACUGACCCAGAAGCAGUGGUGAAGAAGUACCUGGUGGAGGUGAAGGGCACUCCUGCAGAUGAGGACUGUAUCAUCUGCAUGGAGAAGCUGGCCUCUCCUUCAGGUUACAGCGACGCUUGUGAGUGCAGAACAAUCAAGCCGGAGAUGGUCGGUCGCCUGACAAACUGCCAGCACUCCUUCCACAUGCUGUGUGUGCUGGCCAUGUACUCCAAUGGGAACAAGGAUGGCAGCUUGCAGUGUCCCUCCUGUAAAACCAUCUACGGGGAGAAAACUGGUACUCAGCCCAAAGGGAAGAUGGAGGUCUCCACUUUCCCUCAAUCCCUCCCUGGCCACAGGGACUGUGGGACAAUCCAGAUUGUGUACCACAUCAGCAGAGGCAUUCAGGGCCCUGAGCACCCCAACCCAGGGAUGCCUUACACAGCAAGAGGCUUUCCUCGCUAUUGCUACCUACCAGACAAUGAUAAAGGCAGAAAGGUCCUGGAGCUCCUGAAGGUGGCCUGGAACAGGCGCUUGAUUUUCACAGUGGGUACCUCCAACACCACUGGUGAGAGCAACACAGUGGUAUGGAAUGAGAUCCACCACAAAACAGAGAUGGACACAAACCUGAGUGGUCACGGCUACCCUGACCCCAACUACCUGGACAAUGUGCUGGCAGAGCUGGCUGCCCAGGGCGUCACUGAGGACUGCCUGAGAAAAUGAGUGGUGUUGAGGGGCUCAGCUGGGCUGUGCACAUCUCUGUGGCCCCCUGCCCAGGUGCCCACCCAGUGCACUUAAUCCUGUUGCCUUAAGUUCCUGUGUCUGACUGUCACACUAAGCAAUAACACUGUCAUGUGGGAGCGCUG